GAAUUUACCGACAUCAAUCACGUGUAAAAGUAUUGGAUCAUUCCCAGCAGUAGAACUACCAGUGUCUCUUUCUUAUGGCUCUGACAUUAUUCCCAUCACAAAUUCUUCAAAGACUUCUAGUCAAUUUGAUGAGAAUUUGUUCGACACUGAGACUACGAUCGAAAUAUAUUUGACCAAAACUGACCACGGAAAAUACAUUCAAUGUUUUGCAUUCAUGGAAAAAGAACUUGUUGGCUUGAAAUCUGCCAAAUUAGUAGUUUAUGGCCUACCAGAUGACGCUAAUAUUACCAUUCCUGUCGAUCUGCACGAAGGUAUGGAAACAAAUGCAACAUGCAGAACAUCUAAUGGAUACCCACCCCCUCUCAUUCAUUGGUAUAUUGGAUCAAGAAACCUGACAGAUAAUUCAUCGCUUAAGUCUUUAUUGAAUAGAGCUAAUCGAUAUGAUUCUCUAAGCACUCUGAUCUUCGUACCAAACAGGUUUGAUCAUGGAAAACGUCUUCUCUGCCAGGCAGUCCAACCUGAAACAUUCUUGUUUCGUUCAGUGAAUGACAGCAUGGUUCUAAACAUAUCGUACGGCCCGAUUGUAUCCAUUUCUUCUCGACGACUUAUCGAGAAAGGGGUACAUGUCGGUUUUGUAUUCAAAUGUACGUCAGAUGCCAAUCCUCUUGCUUUCAAAGUCCAAUGGAUCUGUGACUGUACAGAGCUCCAAGGCUGCCACAAUACAUCGUUCAACAACACUCUGUUAGAAGGUGGAACUGUUACCUCAACUGAUUUAGCAAUUGGAUAUACCCCAUCUAAAUAUUCAUGUGAGUUCAAAUGCAUCGGUAUUUCUACAUUUGGCGAGGGAACUGCAGUCUUAAAGUCGACGUUUUACGGUAAGAAGAACAUUUCGUUUCUAUUCAUUUCCCAUAUCAUAGCCUAUCACUUGUGAGUCAUGUUUACUCUGUGUUCACUACCCAUAAUUGCUGCAAAGCGAGGAUUUAGUGUCCGCUUCCACACAUAUUUGCCCGACUCGUCUGCGUCAUCAAGUCCUGCAAUUAUUCAUAUAUAAUCAUCAAUUAUUCACAAUGGUAAAUUCUAGUAAAUCGGGACGAGUUUCAUUGUGCAUCUAUUAUCCCCUUACGAUAAUAUCCAGCCAUCCCGGAUCCACCUUCUCGGCUCAUUGUCGACCAGAGUCAGACAACAUCUUAAACCAUCUUCGUUGUCAAAGAACAAGGACAAGUUAAAGCUCAUCAAAGAGGCGA